AUGGCAAGAUCUCACAAACAGUGUCCAAGUGCUGUGGCAGGUUGUAAGUGCUGCUCCACUUUCGGAAUUAAAUAUCACAGAGAAAAACAUCUUUCACAACGAUCUUCAAAGAGAAAAACAAAGGAAUUUCUCAAUGAUUCAUCACGACACAUUUCCGAUGCCUUGCCAUCGAGAGAAUAUGUUCAUUCUGAUGUGAGAUUGGUUCGACAUGUGGAGAAGUAUGUGGAUUUGAAAGAUUAUCUCUCCUACCUGGAAUGUUAUGAUGAGGAGAGGAAUGAAGGCCUUAGGAACAUUGAAAAACAAGUAAAGAAUGAAAUGAUGGAAGAGUGGAAACUAAUGAAACCAUCCCAUGUUGUAAAAAAGGCAAUUAAAAAAUUAGAACGAGAAGGAGAGUUUACAAUUUUCGACAAUCAGGAAAUUGAACUUCCCAAAGAAUGUAAAAAGAGAAUAGUCACUUGGGAAAAUCAAGCUAGACAAAUCAUACGUGAAGCCAAAAAAUAUGAGCAAACUGGCUCACUAAGUUCAUUCAAUUCCUACAGGAUUGUGAUGAAAAAAUAA